UUCGUUUCUGCAAGGAUUAUCCCAUCUGUUCCAGAGCAUCAUCCUAGGAUCUCAUCACUUUGGUGCAUUAAGAGUUUCAAAUUAGUUGUUCAUGGUGGUUAAUGUAUUGAUGGCAAUGACAAUAUUGUAAAAAAUUGGUGAAGAUGAGGAUGAUAAGGUAAAAGAAUCAAUUGCAAAAAAAAAGAAAGAAAAAAAAUGUAAUGAUAUUUUCGUGAAUUACUCAAAAUUUUAGGGUGAAUAGGGAAAAAAAGUUUCAAAAAAAAGCAUGGUUAUUUUUGUGUUUGACUUGAAAUUUUAGGUCAUAUUUGAAAAAAACCCAAAAAUAUGUUUGAAAAACAAAAAAAAAAUUAAAACAGAUUUGAUAACAGAUUUUGAAAAAAAAAUCGAAACAAUUAUCUUUAAUUUUAUCAUUUUGAAUUUUAUAAUAUUUAAUAAUUUUCUUAUUUAAUAAAUAAUUAAUUAAAAUUAUAAAAUGAGGAUUUAAUUUUUAUUUAACCAUUAAAUGAAAUCUAUUUUUUAUCACUUUAACUUUCGAAAGCUAUUUAACGAACAAAAACUAAAAAAGACUAUUUAGUAGCACAACAAGAACAGUUGUAAGAAAGUAAAAGGCUAAAAGCCAAUAUUCUACUUUUCACGAUCAUUAUGAAUAUAUACUGUCUUAUAAUUUUAUACAAAUGAAAAGAUAAAUAGGUCUUAAAAACGGUAUAACAGAUAGUCAACUACAGUAAAAACUUGCAUGAAACUUGGUGUCUAACGUUAACAAACUGUUGUUACUAACAAGCUACUUCUCCUAAUCGUAAGCCAAACAAAGAUAAGAUCAAAAUUUAUUACACAAUAAACGUAAUCCAACCCCUAAUUAUAGUGUCAUUACAAUAUCUAUUUAAAGAAUCGCAAAGUGAAUCCCAUUUUCAAAUUAAGCCACACCAUUCCUUCCUUCUAAGCACAAAAGAAAAAACAAAAAUGGCAGGAGGAGCUUUUGUGUCAGAAGGAGGAAGUGGUGGAAGAGAUUAUGAAGGAGGAGUCACAGUUUUCGUUGUCAUAACAUGUAUGGUUGCGGCCAUGGGAGGUCUCCUCUUUGGUUAUGACCUUGGAAUCUCAGGAGGUGUGACAUCAAUGGAUGAGUUUCUUAGCAAGUUCUUCCCACAAUUAGAGAAGCAGAGGGUAAAGGCGAAGCACGAGACGGCUUACUGCAAAUUUGAUGACCAAAAGCUCCAAUUGUUUACUUCUUCUCUCUACUUAGCAGCUUUGGCAGCUUCCUUUGUGGCUUCGGUUGUUACUAGGAAGUAUGGACGAAAGGUUUCCAUGUUUACCGGUGGACUUGCUUUCCUCACCGGUGCACUAAUCAACGCCUUUGCCAUUAAUGUCACAAUGCUCAUCAUCGGUAGACUUUUGCUCGGUGUAGGUGUGGGAUUUGCUAAUCAGUCUACUCCGGUCUACCUCUCGGAAAUGGCUCCAGCAAAGAUAAGAGGAGCGCUAAACAUUUGUUUCCAGGUGGCUAUUACGUCUGGAAUCUUGGUGGCGAAUCUGAUCAACUAUGGAACAUCUAAUAUGGCUAAAAAUGGGUGGAGGGUUUCUUUAGGUUUAGCAGCUGUUCCAGCAAUUCUUAUGGUGAUCGGAUCAUUCUUUUUGCCCGAUACACCAAACUCAAUGCUUGAGAGAGGAAAAUACGAGGAAGCAAAACAAAUGUUGAAGAAAGUACGAGGAACAGAAAACGUUGACCAUGAGUUUCAAGAUAUACGUGAUGCAUGUGAAGCUGCUAAAAAGGUAGAACAUCCAUGGAAAAACAUCAGGCAGAGCAAAUACAGACCAGCUUUAGUCUUCUGCUCGGCCAUUCCCUUUUUCCAGCAGAUUACUGGAAUUAAUGUCAUUAUGUUCUACGCUCCUGUUCUCUUCAAGACUCUUGGUUUUGGAGAUGAUGCUGCUCUUAUGUCGGCUGUAAUAACCGGUGUAGUUAACGUGCUCGCGACCUUUGUCUCCCUAUACUCGGUUGAUAGAUUUGGAAGAAGGUUUCUUUUCCUUGAAGGUGGCAUUCAAAUGUUCAUAUGUCAGAUUCUUGUUGGUUCAUUUAUCGGUUUAAAAUUCGGAACCACAGGAACCGGGACCUUGACACCAGCAACAGCAGACUGGAUUCUUGUUUUCAUAUGUGUGUACGUUGCGGGAUUUGCAUGGUCAUGGGGUCCAUUGGGUUGGUUAGUACCCAGUGAAAUCUGUCCAUUGGAAAUCAGACCAGCGGGACAAGCCAUCAACGUCUCAGUCAACAUGUUCUUCACUUUCCUCAUCGGUCAAUUCUUCUUGACAAUGCUUUGUCACAUGAAGUUUGGUCUCUUCUACUUCUUUGCAGGCAUGGUUGCCAUCAUGACCAUCUUCAUCUACUUUUUGUUUCCGGAAACCAGAGGUGUUCCCAUUGAAGAGAUGGGAAGAGUUUGGAAGCAACAUUGGUUCUGGAAAAAUUACAUUCCAGAUGAUGCAGUUAUUGGUGGACAUGAUGAAAACUAAACCAAUUCGGUUUAAGUGGAAUUGGUUCGGUCAUAUAUGUUGCUCAAUUAUAAGUUGUUUUCACUUUAAUACUGUCUAGAUAAUUUGUUAAUUACCCGAUCCAUUAUCUAAUAUAUACUAUACCUUCUUUAUAGUCUUUCAAAACCACAGCUAAGAAAGCCAAAGUCUAGAUCUUAGAAAGAAAAAACACAAAGUCAUAGAUUCAACAAAUCAAACCUUAUAAUCUAGAAAAUGAUAAAGUAUGUAUUUUUCUUUGAAAGUGUAAUAAUACUAGAAAAUAUUAAUUGUAAAGCCGGCAAAUCAAUAAGAUCUAUUCAAUA